CAAUUCAUUUAUCUGCAGGAAUGAUUGCGGCUAUCAGUCUCGAGCUCACCGCCUGGCUGAGGAGGUGAAAGUUUCUCCACAGGAAGAUAAACCGCAAAAGACAAUAUUGUACAUGAUUUGCGUUUGCAGUUAAGAAGAGGGAGAGGUGGAAAAUCCUUUCCACAAUAAAAUUUAACCUGAAAGGGGAGUUUGCCAGGCUCACAUAAGGGUUAGUCAUAUAAUUCUCCCCGAGAAAGGCUGAGAAUAUUCCGUUUUUUGAUUUUUUUUUUCUCGCAGACGUUUCAGUUGCAAAGUUAAGAUGCUUUUGGACGCAGGACCACAGUACCCUACCAUAGGAGUGACUACAUUCGGCACCUCCAGACAUCACUCAACAGGCGAUGUCACCGACAGAGAAGUGGGGUUGGGGAUAAAUCCGUUUGCUGAUGGGAUGGGCGCUUUUAAAAUCAACCACAGUACCCACGAUCUUGCUUCUGGCCAAACGGCUUUUUCGUCCCAAGCGCCUGGCUACGCGGCCGCCGCUCUGGGGCACCACCACCACCCCACCCAUGUCAGUUCCUACUCCACCGCGGCUUUCAAUUCUACCCGGGACUUUCUGUUUCGAAAUCGGGGUUUUGGAGAAGCGGCUAGCGCGCAGCACAGCCUUUUCGCUUCCGCGGCGGGAAGUUUUGCGGGGCCACAUGGACACACAGAUGCCACGGGACACCUACUUUUCCCCGGACUGCACGAGCAGGCGACCACUCACGCGUCUCCGAACGUGGUGAACAGUCAGAUGCGCUUGGGGUUUUCCGGGGACAUGUAUGGUAGAGCAGAGCAAUACAGCCAGGUAACAAGCCCCCGAUCCGACCACUAUGCUUCGACUCAGUUGCACAGUUAUGGCCCUAUGAAUAUGAACAUGGCUGCCCACCAUGGGGCAGGGGCCUUCUUUCGGUACAUGAGGCAGCCGAUAAAACAAGAACUCAUCUGCAAAUGGAUAGAACCGGAGCAGCUGACAAACCCGAAAAAGUCUUGCAACAAAACUUUUAGCACGAUGCACGAGCUCGUCACUCAUCUCACGGUGGAACAUGUUGGGGGACCAGAACAAUCGAACCAUAUCUGUUUCUGGGAAGAGUGUUCCCGAGAAGGGAAGCCUUUUAAAGCCAAGUACAAACUUGUAAACCACAUCCGAGUUCACACGGGCGAGAAACCGUUCCCCUGCCCUUUCCCUGGCUGUGGCAAAGUGUUUGCGAGGUCCGAGAACCUUAAGAUUCACAAAAGAACUCACACCGGUGAAAAACCGUUUAAGUGUGAGUUUGAGGGCUGCGACAGGCGAUUCGCAAACAGCAGCGAUCGUAAGAAACACAUGCAUGUGCAUACGUCUGACAAACCGUAUCUCUGCAAAAUGUGUGACAAGUCAUACACCCAUCCCAGUUCCCUCAGAAAACACAUGAAGGUUCACGAAUCGUCUUCACAAGGAUCACAACCUUCUCCCGCGGCCAGUUCAGGGUACGAGUCCUCAACUCCACCAACAAUCGUGUCGCCUUCGACAGAAAACCAGAGUAGCAGUUCCAUAUCUCCAGCAUCUUCAACAGUGCAUCACACAUCCAGUCACAGCACGCUGUCAUCAAAUUUUAAUGAAUGGUACGUUUAAAAUAUUUAAAAAAAGACUGCAGAAUUAGGACUGCUUGGAAUCAAAGACUUUUAAAAGCCGCCAUGUAAACGUGGACCGAAAAACUCGAAGAAAUCGAAACCUUUUGUAAACGGCUGUGUAGCAAAGAAUGUGCGAUGCAUGGACGAGGUACCAGGGCCGAAUGCCAAGUUUAUAGGGUUUUGAAAGAUUACAAACGAGAUCUCAAAUUGCAUGUAUCCGCGGGUCGCGGCCUGUUUUGUAAAUAAAGAUUUACUAGUUUAAAUAUGUAAUAUUUUAUUUUGUAAAUAGUUAUAUCACAGUUUAAGGGAAUUUGUGAAAAAUGUGGUCUCUAGAUUUAUGGGAAAUGAGAUGGUUUUAAAGAAAAAAUGCGAUUAAUAGUCUUGAUUGAAAAGAAUGUUAUAGUUAAUGUGUACCAAAUGUGAAUUACUCUGUAUUACUACAGUCUUCACGUCGACCUAACCGACUAUUAGUAUUAAUGUGCUUUUGUAUACAGUGCAAACAUUUCGUCCCGAAGUCCAGUCUAAGUAGAACAGUAAAUUGUUGUUAUUAAAUGUCAUGUCGAUAAAUCGUAUAGUGAAGCCUGAAACUCCGUGUCAAUCUGUUUAUGUAAGAAGUGAUAUAAAAAGAUAAAAUAUC